AUGCUUGAGGAAGUGCUUGAGGAGGAAGUGCUUGAGGAAGUGCUUGAGGAAGUGCUUGAGGGCAAGACAACAAUGUUUGCUCAGACUUCUAGCCACAUGCGACCAACUUUGCUUUUCGACAACCGGUAUUCAAAGGGCUGCCAUGCCCCCUGCAUAGCGGUGAGGCUACGAUAA